CACCAGAAUAUAACUCGCAAAGGGGGAAAGAGCUAGAAGACGAAAGAAUACUGGGCGGUAGAAAGAUGCCCAACCUAAGCAAGCUCAGACGCGCAAGCGCGUGGCUCACGGCGCGUCUCCGUGGCCUCACCACAGCGCCUGCGCACAGGAUCCCCGGAGCGGCGGGGAGAGGAGAGGAGCAGUCGGGCCUGGCGCUCCUACCGCCUCAGCAACUCCAGCCUGCAAGCUCCGCCUCCUUCAGCUGCUCGCCUUCCCAAACAAGCGGGUGCGUCCCAGGCGCUCUCCGUCCAUUGGCCCUUGGCCUUUUCCGUUUCCGCCCAGCCCUCCAGAGUCGACCAAUCAGCUUGUGCGUUUGGGUAAGUGGCCACCUCCUAGGCCGUCGCUCCAGGUCCUCUGCCUCCUCCCGCUGCUGCCUCCGCUGCUGCCUCCUCCUUCCCCACCUCCUCCGUCAGGCGGGUGGCUGCGGGGGCCUGAGGGGCGGCGGCGGCGGCGGCGGCGGCAGCGAUAUGGAGCCGGGGGCCGGCGGCCGAAGCGCUGCUCGCGGGCACGGGGCCAGGCCCCCGAGCAUUCCGCUGCCCAGGGAGCAGGAGCGGAAGCUGGAGCAGGAGAAGCUCUCCGGGGUGGUAAAGAGCGUCCACCGGCGGCUCCGCAAGAAGUACCGGGAAGUGGGAGAUUUUGAUAAGAUCUGGCGAGAACAUUGUGAGGAUGAGGAAACACUUUGUGAAUAUGCUGUUGCAAUGAAAAAUUUGGCAGAUAAUCAUUGGGCAAAAACUUGUGAGGGCGAAGGUCGUAUUGAAUGGUGUUGUAGUGUAUGCAGAGAAUAUUUCCAAAAUGGUGGGAAGAGAAAAGCACUUGAAAAAGAUGAAAAAAGAGCUGUACUCGCCACUAAGACCACUCCAGCCUUAAAUACGCAUGAAUCUUCUAAACUUGAAGGUCAUUUAACCAACCUCAGCUUUACAAACCCUGAAUUUAUAACUGAGUUGCUACAAACCUCAGGAAAGAUCAGAUUACUUGAUGUUGGCAGCUGCUUUAACCCAUUUCUGAAGUUUGAAGAAUUUCUAACUGUUGGCAUAGACAUCGUACCUGCUGUAGAGAGUGUGUAUAAAUGUGACUUCCUGAAUUUGCAGCUUCAGCAACCACUCCAGCUUGCACAGGAUGCUAUAGAUGCCUUUUUGAAGCAGCUAAAAAACCCUAUUGAUUCUCUUCCUGGAGAACUUUUCCAUGUGGUUGUUUUCUCUCUCCUUCUUUCCUAUUUUCCAUCACCUUACCAGCGAUGGAUUUGCUGCAAGAAAGCCCAUGAACUGUUAGUGUUAAAUGGUUUAUUGCUUAUCAUCACACCUGAUUCCUCCCAUCAGAACCGUCACGCUAUGAUGAUGAAAAGCUGGAAGAUUGCUAUAGAGUCCCUGGGCUUUAAACGUUUCAAGUAUUCAAAAUUUUCACAUAUGCAUCUGAUGGCAUUUAGAAAAACCUCCCUAAAAACCACAAGUGACUUGGUUAGUAGGAACUACCCAGGGAUGUUAUAUAUUCCUCAAGAUUUCAACAGUAUAGAAGAUGAGGAAUAUUCUAAUCCUUCCUGCUACGUUCGAUCAGAUAUAGAAGAUGAACAGCUAGCAUAUGGUUUCACAGAGCUCCCUGAUGCUCCAUACGACUCAGAUUCUGGAGAAAGUCAAUCCAGCUCUAUUCCUUUCUAUGAGCUAGAAGAUCCCAUAUUACUUUUAAGUUAAUAUAAAAGCAAAAGGCCCUUUCAGUCCAGACUCCUAAACUUAAUUGCUUACACUAAUCAGAAAUACUAACAUGAACUCAGUACUUAAAACCUGCUUUGCAUAGAAGAAAUGCAAAGGUUUACAGAGUUUGCUAUUUUUUUCUACUUCUGGAUUUUAAAAUUUAUUCUUAUAUAGAAAGCUUAAAGUUUCACGCAGAGUGACUCCUGUCAUAGCAGAAACCACUGUUAUUUUAGCAUUUAGCACUAAGAUAUUAUAGAAAGGUACCUUUUUCUCUUUAGUGCUAUUGUGAAAAAUGAAGCAUAAUUUGCUAUGUAUUUUUCUUGUUUUCAUCUUUUCAGUGUUGACUUUAAACCAUUGCAAUGAGAAACUAAGAUAUGUAGAAAGCUGUAGAUUGCACUUUGAUGACUCACAAGUUAAAUGUGACAGAGAUAGAUUGGUUUAGUAGUUUUGUGAUGCACUUAUUCUUUUUUCUAACUAAAUUGUUACCUGUUAUAGAAAGCCAUUUUGGCUCAGUUUUGUCUGAUGAUUGAACAUUCCCCAAACUUUUUGGAAUUGAUAAUUCUUAUUCUUUCUUGCUUGCUCAUUUGGCAGCAUCAGACAUUGGGGAGAUAUUUCCCCCGAAGUAUGUAUUCUAAUUUGAUUAGCAUAGUACAGUAAACACCAUUGCCAAAAUAGAGUUUUCAUAUCUUUCUUGUUGAUUUGGGCCUUGGUGUUAAGUAUAUUUAACGGUGAGAAUUCACUUUUACUUUUUUACAUUUAGAUUUCAUUUACAAAAUUUUCUAUUUAAGCAAGGAACAAUAUAAUACUCAAUACUGACCCGAAACACAUUUGUUAAAGGGUUUGCACUUGUAAGAGAGCUUAUGUUCUACCUAGACCAACCUUAAUAGGGUCCUCACCUUUCCAUUAAGGAGGUGCUGCACUACAAGUCUGGAAUUACAUAGAAAAAUUUUAAAUUAACCCUCUCCUGGUAAUCUCAUAAAAUGGUUUUGACGUUUUGGUAUUCUAAUUUCUAUCUAAAUCCUAGCAGAAAUUUUUCUUUGAAUAUAUAAACCAUUAGUUGGCUGUGGGAAUUUUCCCUUUCCACAUUGAUAAAUGCCUUUCUGUGUUUCUGAAUCAGAAGCAAAUGAUUAAGGAGAAAUAUAUGUCCAACAAGACAAGAUUAGUUUAAAUGGCUAAGAACAUUUAGUCCACAUUGUCUUGUCAGCCAGCAAUUGUCAUGUAAACUAUCAUUUUUAAGAGUGCCACUGUGUGGAUUUUUUUUCAAGUGGUUAUUACAUUAAAAUUACCUCAUACUGAGGUUUUUGCACUGAAAUAUCACAGUUUCAGAUUUCAUGGUUAAUGUUGUGUGUGUGCGUUUUUAAAGGAAAUUUGCAUUUUCAAUAGUUGAUCCUAAAUUCAUAAACUGAACUUCUUUACUCUGAUAAAAGUGUUUUUGUGCUUAUUGUGAAUUGCUGUAGUUAACUCUGAAUGUCAAACUUUAUUUAGAAAUAAAAAAUUUACCCUUUAAGAUAUAAAUGGUUGAGUGUGUAUACCCAAUAUUUCAGAUUAAAUUUCACAUUCUAAAUUAAUGAAAGUAACAAGAUUGUAAUUAACCUAAAAGUCAGUUGAGUAAAUGCAAUAAAUAUUGGUUGCUCAAGUAUGCCAGAAGUAACUUGAAGUUUUUCGUUUACUUUCAAUAGCAUAAGAUUACUUAAUAAUAAGGAAUAAUUAGGACUUUCUUUCCAAUUAAGCACUACAGGUCAAGUCUUGUAACUCGCCCAAAAGAAGAAAAAAAACACUGUUUAGGGUAACAUAGAAAUGUGUGUUGUUAGUACCUCCUUUACCAUACGGUCCGUUUUCUGUGAUUUGGCUAAAUGCUAUCUUAAAGGCAAAGAAAAGCAACAUACCAAACAAAAGUGCUUUGAAAGUAAAUGAAAACAGUGCUUUUGAGAGGCUGGUGUAAGUAUUGAUAUAUGACCUUGGAGUUAGCCCAUGUGUUACAGCUAAAAUGUUGGUGCUAUAAAUUCUUCUGAUUGUUUACAGAUGUUGAUUCUGCUUAUGCUCCAAAGUGUGCAUGAUGUGUUUUAAGUAGUACUUUAAAGAAAAAUCUCUUUAUAAAAACCUAUACUCUCACUUAGUAUAAAUUUGUUUGGAUUUAUAAAUCUCAUUUGUUACUGUAAAUUCAUCUUCAAAAUUAGGUUGGCGCAGGAUUUAAACUAACACGUAUUCCACCAAAGCCAAUUCAACAUAUAAAUGUUAAAAUAUAAGCAGUCAUGUGGCUUGGUGCCAGAUUAUAUAUGUAAUGACACAAGAAGUUAUUAGAGCCUUUAAUACUGUAUGGGUACUCUUGAGAAUGAUUUUGUUUGGAUAUGAAGAAGUUAAGGGGCCUCCUGUCACAUUCACAACAGUAUUCUCCAAAAUAAUUUGAUGUUUCAAAAACAAAUGAUCAUUUGCUUGGUUUCUUCAGGAUUAUGACUAGAUCAAGUGGUUUAUAUGAUAGUUGCCAAGUGGUGGGAGGUGGCUUAUCUGAAAAUGUAUGUUUGUGUUGUAUUUUUUCACAUUUUGUGAACA